UUAUUAUUUGUUCAAAUCAAAAAAGAUCUGAAUUUAGUUUAGGAUAAUGUGCAGCAGAGGGCACUGGCGGCCUGCAGAAGACGAGAAGCUUCGAGAGCUGGUGGAGCGUUACGGACCUCAUAACUGGAACGCCAUAGCUCAAAAGCUUCAAGGAAGAUCUGGGAAGAGCUGCCGCUUGAGAUGGUUCAAUCAGUUGGAUCCUCGAAUCAACAGAAGCCCUUUCACCGAGGAGGAAGAAGAGAGGCUGAUGGCGUCCCACAGGGUUCAUGGCAACAGAUGGGCCAUCAUCGCAAGGCUUUUCCCCGGCCGCACCGAUAACGCAGUCAAGAACCACUGGCACGUCAUCAUGGCUCGUAGGUCUAGAAAUAAAUCCAAAACCCAAACCCUAACACAAACCCUAACCCAAACACACAAUAAUAAUCAUAAUAAUAAUCAUCGUCUUCUUCUUUCUUCCUUUCUCCAACUCCAUGCAUAUCCCACUUCUACUAUUUCAUUCGUCCCCAAACCACCAUCUGAUGAUGCAGCAGCAGCAGCAGCAGCGCAUAGUAGUUGUUCCAUUAUUCAUUAUUAUGACUUUCUCCAAGUAAAUAGUACGGAUUCUACGAAUGGAAGUGAAGUGAUAGAUAACUCAUCAAGAAAAGAGGAUUAUGAAGAGGUGAAUAAUAAUAAUAAUAGUGGAGAACAACAGGCGGUACUACUUCCCUUCAUUGAUUUUUUUUCUGCCUCCAAUAACGACACAUCCAUCUCAUGAUCCUCCUAAACACACACACAUAUAUAACCAACCCAAAAAAUUAAACCUCGAGCUGCUUUAUAUAUAUAUUCUCACAUUUCCUCUAACUCACUUGAUGCAUCAUGGAAAUCACAAUACCCCGCCCCCAUAUAUACAUACAUACCAUAUAUGUAUAUAUAUUGUAUCAAUUAUAAUGCUGCUAAUUAAUUUGUACACACUUACACACAUCACUUCUAAUAUUUUCUAUUUGUUUUCAUAAUCUCUCUUGUCUCAUCCCUUGUCCAUAAUCUUGUUAACAGUUAUGACAUAUUGUGACAUAUAGAAAUUGUGAGAAGAAUUUAGGCAAAAAAGGUGGUUACUUCUCCAAUAUUACUCACAACUAUAUAAAAGAUAAUAAAUCAAAUAAGAGAUGUCAUAUUUGAAAUGAGAGUAACCCUAAUUCAAUAUCAA